AUGACGGCGACAAACGAAGAACUCCAAGCAGCGAUUUUGCAGCUUCUCCAGCGGUUGGCCGUUCCACAAGCAACGAACCCAGAGCAAGUUUUGGAAUCCCUGUCGACAAACAUCAGCGAGUUCUGCUUCGAUCCGGAGAACGGCACCACAUUCGAAAAAUGGUUUGCCCGUUACUCGGAUUUGUUUGAAAGCGACGCACGAAGUCUGGACGACGCAGCAAAAGUUAGGCUUCUGCUCCGGAAGUUGGACACGUCCUCUCACAUUCGCUACGUCAACUUCAUCCUUCCGAAACUACCAAAGGACGUCACGUUUGUCGAUACCGUCAAGACACUCACAAAGAUCUUCGGCAGACAGACCUCCGUAUUCCACAAACGCUACCAGUGCAUGCAGCUACUCAAGUCCGAGGCCGACGACAUAAUCACCUAUGGCGGAAAAGUCAACAGGCACCACGCGACGCGGACGGCUGAUGCUCCGGUGACAAUUCAAACUCUGAUCGACGAGUUCCAGCGGCUCGUCAACAUCAAGUCGGACACUACGAUGAUCGAGCAUCCAUCAAGUUCGAAGAAUUCGGUCCAUAGCAUUUCGGAGAAGAAACCCGGAGACCAGCAUCGUCCACUGAAAACGGAAAGCAAGUCCACUCCUCGUACUCCAUGCUGGCAGUGUGGUCAGAUGCACUACGUCCGCGACUGUCCAUUUUCUGAUCAUCUCUGCAAGGUAUGUAACCGCAUUGGUCAUAAAGAAGGCUACUGUAGCUGCAUCAAGAAGUCUUCAAGCGACUCUACAACUCAACCUCGAAAGAAGAAGCAGUUCCAGUAG